CUCAUAACCGGACUGUUAAGAGGUUUACCUGGACUCGGAGCUGAACUGUGCCUGUGGGUGGAUUGUACAACUGAACUGAACAACAGACAUUAUUUUGAUUAAUAGAUUUUUAUCAAACUUGACGGAGUGACGCUUCAUUUUAAAGAUCUUCAAGCAUUUCGAUGUCACAUUCCUGAAGUUUCUGAAGAACCCAAGACGACCAAACCCCCGGCAGCAGACAGCGAGAGCCCGUCAGAGAUUAUACUCUUCAUCCUCUUUGUGUGUGUGUGUGUGGAGGGAUAAAGAGCAGAGUGUGUGUGUGUGUGAGAAAAGGUCCCAGUGUUUGCUUGGAUAUGGCAUUUCUUCUUAUGAGAGAGAGAAAGACUGAGCUGAUCUGAGGUCAAGGCCUUCCUCCUCUCUCCCUGGAGUCACAUGUCAGCGUGAGGCACAACCCCCAGGGUUGCUAACGCUACACUGACCGACCUAAAUACUUGAAUACUCACUAGGAGAAGCAGCACAGACUGGAGUGUUCAGCUGGGAGUGGAAAGAGCAAAAAAAAAAACGCUUCUUAUCAAGUGAGUUUGCUGUGUGAGCUGUUUACACUUCAGUUUCAUUUUCCUGCUGGUUUAAGUCACCCUGAGAAACUGACUGCCACCCAAAUCUACAGAGGAGCCUUUUUUAGCCAGUGAGUGGAUUUAAGGAGAGGUCGACUUUUUAAGAGGCAAAAUGCCAGCAAAGACGCCCAUUUACUUAAAAACUACAACACCCAAGAAGGGGAAGAAGCUGAAGCUCCGCGACGUCCUCUCAGGUGACAUGAUCAGCCCGCCGCUGGGUGAUGUACGUCACAGCGCCCAUGUGGGGCCUGAAGGGGAGGGUGACAUGUUUGGAGAUGUGGGUUUCCUCCAGGGCAAGAUGGACAUGCUGCCGUCCCUGAGCCGGGUGCAGAACGGGCACUCACGCUCGCACAGCGUGGAGAGACGCCUGGAUGACGGCAUCCCCGAGAAGCAGGACUCACACAGCUACGCCUACAAUGGUUACCACUAUCAGAGUUCCUCCACAGGUCUGCUCAAGACCACCAUCUCCAUGCCUGUGUUCAUCUCCCACGAACAGGCUCCACCCAAACCGCCACGCCUCCACCUGGACGACCCCUCGCCUUCCCAGCAUAACAAUUUCCACCACCAUCAGCAGCCAACAGAGACCAGCUACGGCCAGACGCAGAGCAACGGCUACAGUCACACAGACAGCACCCACAUCCAGCAGCACCCCACCCUGUCGCUCUGUGGGAACAGAGUGGUGGGCCGUUUGGCAUCAGAGCCCUGCCGUGACAUCUCCAUCUCCCCGGGCAUCCACAGGCUUGUCCCCUCUUCUAGCUCCUUCUCAGAGGCCUCUUCUGAAGACUCCAUGUCAGAGACCUGCGUGCCCCUUGAUGCUCACCGGGGCCUCAGCCUCGACUCCGAUGCCGGCCUGAGCAACGAGGAUCUGAGGAGCGAGCGCAGUGAGUCGCCCUGCGCUCCCUUCCAUCUUUCCGGUCUCACAGCCUCAUCCAAUGUGUCACGCUCAGAGUCGAUGGCGGGAUUGGACCUGGAUCUGGGGCCCUCGAUCCUGGAGGAUGUCCUGAGCAUCAUGGACCGCUACAAGAGUGUGGACGACCGCUGUGAGCUGUGAAGAAGGGAGAGAUUAAUGAAAUGUACAUAUAUAUUUUUUAUACAUGGUUUAAAAAAAUCCUUUAAAAAAAAAAGAAAAACUCUGUGAACAGACUCAAAGACGAUGAAGGUUGAAGGAUUUAGAAAAUGCCUUUUUUCUUGAGGACUUGCCAGCUGAGUUUUAAAGGUGAAUAAAAAACUGAAGACAAGGUGAGAUGCAUGUGGACAUUAUUGUGCUGGGAUGUUGCUGCCCUGCAAUGACAGCAGCCAAGGCAACAGGCUGGUCCUUAGGAGCCUUUAUCAAAGCUGAACCUCAUAAACAAUUAAAAACUGUAAGAGCAGAACCCGCAGUCACGUUAUUAUCACUACCCCACAUCGUAUUUGUCUUUCUUAAUCCGAACUUGUGUAGAGGAUCUUCUUCUGCCCACUUUUUUCUGCUUGUUAAUGGUUAACAAACUGCUAACUGAGUCAGAUAUAAAUGUCUGUUAGACUAACAUGGAGGGGAGGAAUGGGAGAAAACGCCAGCUGUGAACAAAUUUCCGGAGCAGCAGGGACUCUUCUUAUCCAUCUGCUAAUAUUUCUCACACUUUUACAUUGAUGACGCUAGAUUGUGAAACACUUCUUUUUUUCUUUUUUCUUUUUUUUUUUUUUAAAAAUGUGAAUUUCUGCAGUAGAGCUCAGUCUAUGCACACACUAAGCUGGACUGCAAACAUAAAUAUCAUAUUCUAUAGGCCAUAUUCUGUCCUAAUUCACUUCUGCAGCCUAAAAAUAUCAGUUUCAGACCUAAAAAGUUUCAGAACAGAAAUAUAAUAUCCUCAUUCUUUAACUGUAAUGUUUCAUAAUGUGCAGAUCAGUUCAUUUACUCGCUUGCUUAACACAUGGAAGCUGAAAUGGUCUGUACUCCCCAUCUAGUGUUGCUUUAGAGAACAGCAGCUGGGAACAGCAUUCUUCUGAUCAGAGGGAAACAGAUGAUUCUUCUACUUCUUCUUCAACUAAUAAAACAGUUUUAGUGUAAGAAAAAAAGGGCUGCUUCGUAGAUAGUUUUCAGAUAUUGGUCUUUGGGUUUUUUUGUUCUCUUUAAAAAAAAAAGAAGACACUCAUCUUCCAUGUUGUGGCUCACUGUUGGCCUCCCCUAACGUUCACUGUCUGCAUAAUCACAGCAGCCUAUUAUUCAAAAGUCAUUUAUGCAUAUCUCUGUUAAUGUAUGAAUAAAAU